AUGUCUGCCACGAUCAACCGUUCUUUAACGAAUAUCAGAACCGAGCUCGAAUUUCUCCAGGAAGAGGGGGUCAUCACCGAUGCCUUGUACCAGCACUUAGUAGAGUCGUUACCCCAAAAGUACACCAAAGGGAUGGCGCCACAAGGCGUUAAGGCGGCAAGUACCGUCAUCGCCAAGGUCCUGGUUUCGGAUAAAACUUCCCAGGAAUUGUCCGAGAAGCUUUCAACCACAUCCAUCUCCGAACCUGCCGCACCUCCAGCUCAGAAGGCCGGGGAUGCGGUCAUCAGCUACUGCGAGGUCCUUUACGACUACGAGCCCCAGCAGCCAGACGAUUUGAGGUUACGCCGAGGUGACAAGAUUGCCGUUUUAGAGCACUUAUCGGAGGACUGGUGGCGAGGCAAGGUUUCGUCUUCCAGCCAGGAAGGUGUGUUUCCGUCGUCCUACGUCAAGAUGUUGUCCGAUUCCACUUCACCGGCGAAGGUCGCGGCGCCUCUUCUGCAAUACCAAAAUAACCAAUACACCCCUCCACCUCAGCAGUUCCAGGGCUACCAGCAACAGCAACCGUACUACCCUCCGCAGCAGUACCAACAGCCACCUCCGCAACAGUACCAGCAGCCUCUUCCGCAGCAGGUCGUGGUAGAGCAGCCAGCCCAACAAGAAGGAAGCCACAACGGUGCUUUCAAGAGAUUUGGUUCUAAAUUGGGUAACGCCGCGAUCUUUGGUGCCGGUGCCACCAUCGGUGGUGACAUCGUCAACUCCAUCUUCUAA